AUGUACGUCUCCGGUGAAACCGGCGAACCAUCAGUCGAGACCACCAGCAUCAUCGAGGACAUUGUCCGCCAACAAGUCAUAGAACUACUCCGCAACUGCACGGAACUAGCCUCCCGGCGCGGCGCUAAAUCCAUAUCGACAAACGACCUCAUUUUCCAAAUCCGCCACGACCAAGCCAAAGUCAGCCGACUGCGCACGUUCCUCUCCUGGAAAGACGUGCGCAAAAACGUCAAAGACUCUGACGACAAGGGUGCCGACGCGGACCUCGCGGGCGGUGAUGACGCCGUCGUCCCCGGCGGCCCCGUCGACGAAGCCGCCAAGAAGAACAAAAAGGCCAAGGUCGGCUUGCCCUGGGAGCCGGCGUCAUUCUACCCCGUAGAAGUUCCCGAGCGUGACGAGGAGGACGACGAGGAAGAGGAGGAGAUGAACUACAUGACCCUCCAGCGGCUCCGCAAGGCCGACGAACGCACAAAGGCCAUGACCAAGGAGGAAUACGUGACGUGGUCUGAAUACCGCCAAGCGUCGUUUACGUGGAGGAAGGGCAAGAGGUUCAGGGAGUGGGCUGGCUUCGGUAUCGUGACUGACAGUAAGCCGUCAGACGACAUUGUUGACAUUCUGGGCUUCCUGACCUUCGAGAUGGUGGCUACCCUGACAGAAGUCGCGCUCAAGGUCAAGGAGCAGGAGGACAUGGCCAGGGCCCAGAGCGGUGCGGACAAUGCGGGGACCAAGAAGAGGAAAAUGCAGCCUGGAGGACUGUUUGACCCCCCGAGUGAGGGCAAGACUCCCGUUGAGCCGCGCCACGUCCAGGAGGCAUUCAGACGCUUCCAGGAGCGGCCCAAGAAGACGAGGGCUAUGCUCAACGAGUCCAAAAUUGUCCAAAAGACGCCCCUCAACAUCAUCUGA